UUUUUCUAUAAAUUGUUACUGGUUAGUAAUUAUGCGCCAUUAGUUCAAUUUUGAUAUAAUGUUGUUCAGAAUUAGAUUUCCAGUUUGUCAUUGAACUAAUUGUUGUCCUUUGUCUGUAUUUUAUUAAUUUUAUUGUAUUUCAUAAAUUGUUGGCGUGUGUGAAUUGAUUGUUGUGAGUACUUAUUUUAUAGCUAGAAGCAAUUCUUAUUUGAGAGAUAGACUCAAUGUGGCUGAAAAAGUACUAAUUAGAGCUUUAAUUAUGGAGAAAAUGAGGUUUUAAUCAGUGAAAAUAUAGAAACUAAGAGGAAUUUGUGAAAUUAGAUAUCUGGGUAGGAGUCAAAAGUUGAUUUUGUGUUAGGGAUUUGAUUGAGAGAGGGAUUAAACGGUUUAUUAUGUGUAGGGUUAGUCUAAUUGGUUGUUAACAACCUAUUACUCGUUUUACCGGAGGAUAUUGGAAUAGAUGGACGGCAGGUCCUUGAUAUUGAUUAGUUUUGGAUGAAGUAUCUUAAUUGCUUCCAAUGGGUUUGGGCAUGAUCGAGUCUUUUGAUGCUCAUACGGAGUUAGAGUCCUUUUGAAGUAGGAGUAUUAUUUACCUAGCAUGAUCCCUGUUUAUAAUGUUACCUCAUGCUUGACUCUUUCCGAACUGCAAGUUGAAUGUAAACUUUUAAAUACACUGCUUGUUAGCUUCUGGCCUUCUACCAUGGAAAUAGGUGGUUACAUAGGCUGAAUUCGUUAGGAGCAAUUACAGCUAAAAAGCAAGUUAAUUGACUACAUGAAAGGACUUUUAGCUAUUGGGGAAAUGGAUUUAAGGAUCCAGGUGUAGUGUUAAAUGAUGCUCUAAUUGUUAGCAAAAGAAAACUCUAACAAGCUGAUCAUGAUUUUGCUCUAAAGUUUUGGACUCCUUUAAGUAUUCACGAUGCUCUUGGCUUCUUUCCAUUAUUAUGAAUCUUUGUGUUGUCAAUUUGUGGGCUUUGUCAGACAAUCACAAUUAUCAUUGAGUAUUCAUGUGAUAGUGUUGUGGCCAAACCAUCAGUAUAAAAGCUCUAAUGUACCAGAGAUAGUGUGCCAGACUGCCAGUUGCAAAUUUGAGAGAAAUUUAUUUGAAGAGAAUUUGGGGAGAAAAAAAAAAAAAAAACACACUAAUUCUUGUGUUCAGGCUGCUUCUUUUUCAUUUGACUAGUGCUUUUAUCUUUGAAGACACUCAAAUAUCUCCCUUUUGAAGUUUAACUGUCCAGAUUAAAGUUUUGAGGCCACUUUAGAUUGUUUGAUCGUAUUGUUACAUCUAGCUUAGUACUAGAAUAGCUAGUGUUGGCUUCUCAACCUUCAAAAUUGCACACUUCCAUUCUAUGAAUCAUCAUCUUUAUAUUUUCGAACUUUUUUGUUACUAUCAACUGAUUUAGGUUGCCUGGUUACCAGCUAAAUGAGUGUUCUGGCAUGAGGCGUUAUGCCUUUCCACCACCUCUACUGGGAAAAGUAGGGAUUUAGGGCAUUAUUUUCUGAAUAAAACUGUGUUAGAGUUGAAUAGAAGGACUGAUCAUGCAUACAGUUCAGUUAUUGCAGUCCAUGCUUUUCUAGCAGCUUUAAGUCCCAGAGUUGCUGGACCAACUGCAGGAGAGAUACUACUGGACAUUUUAAAUGGACCGAAAUCAGAACACUUGCUUUCUCUCACUGUGCUCAAAGACCUCAUGCUGCUGGAAGAUUUAUUCAUUCACUAAAACCCAUCCAACGUACAGCAUUGUCAGCCAUUCCUAAUUCCAAUGACAAUUUUCCAGAUGCCGUACCAACCGAUGAAAGCUCAAGCAUAAAUCAUUCUCCCACUCUUGAGAUGGAGACUUUAUUUGCCAACUGGUCACCUCCUAGGUACUUGUGGAGGGGCUUAUCAGUUCUCAUUUUGGCAGGGCAAGUAAUAUAUAGGGCUCUGAAGGGUAAAAUCCACUGGAAAAACACCCUCCAACAGCUGGAAAGAGUUGGUCCUAAAUCAGUUGGGGUGUGUCUUCUGACAUCAGCUUUUGUGGGGAUGGCAUUUACUAUCCAAUUUGUUCGGGAAUUCACCCGGUUAGGGCUGAACCGAUCCAUUGGUGGGGUCUUAGCUCUUGCCUUCUCUCGUGAACUAAGCCCUGUGGUUACAUCAACUGUGGUGGCAGGUCGUAUUGGAAGUUCUUUUGCUGCGGAGCUCGGAACCAUGCAGGUCUCUGAGCAGACUGACACACUGAGAGUUCUUGGGGCAAAUCCUGUCGAUUACCUUGUCAUACCUAGGGUAAUUGCUUCUUGUGUAGCUCUUCCUUUUUUGACCCUGAUGUGUUUCAUAGUGGGGAUGGCAGCUAGUGCCUUCUUGGCUGAUAGUGUUUACGGAGUUAGGUACAUAAUGAUUUUGGACUCUGCUCGGAGAGCACUUCGGUCAUGGGAUAUUAUUAGUGCCAUGAUGAAGUCCCAGGUUUUUGGUGGAAUAAUUGCAAUCGUGAGCUGUGCUUGGGGUGUAACAACCAUUGGUGGUGCUAAGGGUGUUGGGGAGUCCACUACUUCAGCUGUUGUUUUAUCUCUGGUUGGUAUCUUUAUUGCAGAUUUCGUUCUUUCUUAUUUUUUCUUCCAAGGAGCAGGGGAUUCACUUAGGAAUUGUGUAUCAUCUCUUUCCUGUGGAGUUUUAAACUUGCAACUCCAAUUUUCACCAAAAUACAUUUGUUGCUCUGCAUUAGAACGAAAGAUUUGUAAGAAGGCAUAUUGACAUUCUUUCCAGUGCAUUUUACUGAAUAUGUUUGUAAUUUGUUUCGUUUUCUGGAAAUCUCGAAUUUGAGCACCUCAAACAGGGAGAACCCUUCGUGAAAGCUGUUUAUUUUUUUUUCUUUUUUCUUUUUUGACUCUAGAAUGUUGCUUGAAUAUCUUUUACUUUUAACUUCCUUAA